AGAGAGCCGCAGACAGUCCGGUUGAUUGGAUGUCUGUGCAGAGCAGACAUGCACGAUGCUGUCUGAGCGCCUCCUUCGUCUGGACUGAAAACAGAUGAAGGGUCGCUUAAAAUGGAUUCUCCAGAAAGGUGUGCUCUAGGCUGAAGAGCAGAGCAGCUGCUGAGGUGGAGAUGGGCUGCACCUCUGCCAAGCAGAUGUCCGCCGUGUCCAACGGCGAAGAGGGCAAGAAUAAAGCCUACAGCAACGGGGACGUGCUCUCUGAUGAGUACAAGAUGAAAGGAGCGGAGGAGGUCAAGUGCACGGCUGAGGAGCAGGAGGAGGCGGUGGCGGACGGCCAUGGCGGCACGGAGAAAAGCGCUCUUCUGGAUAAAGGACAAUGCACAGAAGAAUCAGGGUCGAAUGGCAAAGUCCUGAGCAUCCAUUCCUCUGAGAGUCAGCAGGAGUUCUUCCGGAUGCUGGACGAGAAGAUUGAAAAGGGGUGUGACUACUGCUCAGAGGGGGAGGAGGAUGUGACAUAGCCCGCCCCGGUUGUCAUGGAAACAACACUUGAGUAUCCCGGCAAAGCCGGGAGGAGCGUGGAGUGCAGCUCCGCACUCGGGGAGACUCUCCAACCCUUUUUUUUUUUUUUUUGGUCCUCCUCAAAGCCCGUCCGUCUGAUCGCUGCUGGAGACUCAAUGUGGUCAGUGGUGACCGAUUCUGAGCACAAACCCUCGUCUCAUUCUACUGCUGGGAAAACCAGCAGCAUACAUGAAACACGGAAGCUACACGAACAUGCAGACUGUAGCCAGUGUUCAUCUCCUGCUUUAUGGAAAACCCAGUCCUCCAGUGCUUGGAUUUAUAGGGAAAACAACACGGAUGAAACCCUUCUUUGAGAUAAGGAGUCCAAACCUCCAUGUGGGCCGGUACCACGCGCCUGUCUGUCCACGUCUGUAUUUAUGUUAAAUAAGGCUCAGGGUUUAAGUGUUGUAAUAUCUGUCUCCCGCAGUCCUUCCUCUCAUUAAGACACUUUGUAGCCAUUAAAAAUGCACACUCACUGGGACGCCGAAGCUGUCAAAGACGGCAGAAGGCUGACUUCCUGUUCCACUGCCACGACACAUACUAGUCUGCUUCUGUGCAAACUGUAGGAAUUCUGGAGAAGUUUUUUUUAGAUUGAAAUGAAAUAUAAAGCACUUUCAGACAACAAAAGUCAGGAUUUUAUUAACAGAGACAAAUAUUUUAAAAGAUGAGCUUAACUCAAAUUUGACUAAACACGGCUUCAUCUGCUGAUGCCGACUAUAGCUUUAUCGUACAACAAGGACGCCACAUUCAAACCCAUUUACAGAGGGGCCUGUAGGCCAAACCUCAUCCAAAACAGACUAUUUGGAAAUUGCAAAGGGCUCUAUGGCGAGGGAAAGUUUGUCAUGUUUGCUACUAAUCACACACGCCACAUCCUCCAGGCUGUUAGGGGGGCGGGGGGGAACAAACGUCCUCCUCCAGAUGAAGUCUAUUUCAGGAAAGGCUUUGUGUAUCUCAGCAGGCUGAUGUAAACCCACAUACCACAGCCAUCACAGCAGCAUGACGUCAGCCCAGCAGAGUCUAGCUGCUGAAAUUGCCCGCCUGCCUGCAGCCACCUUAAGAGGACGUGGUGCAUUUAGCGAAACGGAAAACACAUUAAGGAUGACAGGGGAGCUGGAAAAAACAAUCCACAACCAAAAACAGAAACUCCAGAAGCAUACCACCGCAAUGCUCAAGUUUUCUCAAACUGGUUUGAGGAAAAUGAAGAUGGCCCUCCAUGGUGAACAUACCCCCGGCCGAGCCCAGUCUGUGGCAGGACUUGAUAUCAAAAUGAGCUCCUUCAGUGGAUACAAUUCAUAUUUGUGCAAAAAGCAAUGAAAAGCUUUUUAUUAAUAGCUUUUGUUUUUCCAAAUUCCUACAUUUGGACAUCUUUCAUCCGCCUGUGUCUCAUUAUUGUAAUCUGUUUUAAUGUAGAUCCGCCUCCGUUUUCUAGAAGAAUAAAAGUAGUUUCAGUUUUUGUCCCUCAG